GUGAAACAGUCAGCUUUUUUGCUUUGUAUUAAUUGAGAAAAAAUCGUUCGUUUGAAUCGUGCAGAUUAAGUAUUCACUAUGUACCGGAAAGGUACAAAUGUUCAGUGGCACAAUGACAGUAAACACACCCAAAGAAAUGUCCAACUUUGGAAAUAUUAACUAUUUUAAUAUGGACAUAUACGAUAACCAUAUCAUCAAUGAGAAGAAAGAUAAGAAACAUCAGAGCUGGAGGGACGAGUGCUAUCAAUUUGCCCAGGAAACUACACUUCAUGGUCUUAAAUAUAUAUCUCUGAGGGAUGCAUUUGUUUUUCGAAGACUAUUUUGGUUCGUAUUAACCUGUUCCUGUUGUGGUGUUAUGUCAUACCAGAUAAUAGACAGGAUAAUUUAUUAUUAUAACUCACCAAUUACUGUCAACGUUAAAGUCAACUAUAAUCGUUCACUGGUGUUCCCUUCUGUCACAAUUUGCAACCAAAAUGCAUUUAGAUCAACAGCUGCAGCUGAGAACAACUGGUACAGACUGAUCGAAACCAUGUAUAAUGACUCUUCAAAAACAUUUGAUUCAAGUGAUUUAGUACAGUUUAAUGCCAGCAAACUUAGAAUUAGCAAAAUGUUUCAGAAAGCGGGUCAUACAAAAGAAGAUAUGAUUGUUGGAUGUUCAUGGGCUGGUGUAACAUGUACUCAUGAAGAUUUUGAACCAAUAUUAACAGACCAUGGACUGUGUUAUACGUUUAAACCAAAGAGUAGAUCAGAAGAGUUUAUCAUUAGCUCUACGGGAGCCGAUCACGGUUUAAAACUGUUUUUGAAUGUUGAGCAAUAUGAAUACAUGCCUGGUCCAAAUGAUGCUGCGGGCAUUAAACUACUGACAUAUGAUAAGAGUGAUAUACCACGUAUAAAGGAGCUGGGAAUGUCGGUACCAACAGGUAUUCAUGCUUUUGUCGGACUAAAGCUAAUAAUGAUCAACAACUUACACGUACCGUAUGGUGAGUGUCAGGAGACACAGUUGAAGUAUAGUAGACAGUAUUCUGUUGAUGCCUGCAUUAUAGAAUGUCUAAAUCAGUUUACACAGAAGAAAUGUGGAUGCAGAAAUUUUUUCAUUCCUUCUACUACGGAGAGUGGCGAAGAAUGUACGAUGGAGGCGUUCUAUUCAUGUUACAAAAAUUAUUACGGAACUGUGCAUGAUACACUACAAGACCAGUGUCACUGCCCAACAGCUUGUAAAUACAGCGUGUUUGAUCCUAUCAUGUCAUAUGCAUCAACGUCAGAAUACACAGCAGAGAAAAAACUUACUUCCGUUUCCACGUCAAAAUUACAAGAGAAAAUUCUUAAUUCACGCGAGAUUUCAAACCGUAUGGAGAAAAAAAAAUAUGAAUCAUUUAGUGGCUUGGUUAAGAAUUUUGAGAGGUCGUUUGACAAUGUGAUCGACAUGUUGCAGAAUAUUCUUAAACGAAUUUCAGUUCAUUUACAGCUCAUAGAUUCAAGGUAUUCAAAUGACAAAGCAGCAUGGAAUAGAAAAUCUUAUCUUUACAAAUACCAGAUAUAUCACGUGACGAAAAACUUUAUACGACCACGUGACGCUAUGGAAGAAAGAACUCUUUCGAAUUUAUGUGUCGGUUUUCAUGAAUUUGUAUUUAUGAUUGAAACAAAUCUUAAGCACCUGUCUUCAGAUGAGAGCCUUGAUAAAAGUACCAGAGAGGCAAUAUAUACAAGAAGCCUCGAUUUUAUUCGAAGUCAGAUAGAAACUGCUGAACGCGCAUCCGCAAAUAUUUCACAAUUGUACGAGGCUUAUCAAAACGGAACACCAAUAUUUAGAUAUAGAUUUGGAAAAACAGCUCGAAAACAUAACGAUUACAUAACCCCCAAAAUACUUCUUGCCGAGUCGUUGGUCCAUAACAGCUAUGCGCGGAAGUAUGCUCCUCGUGUACAAAAUGAUAUAGAAGCCAUUAAAAGUAAACUAAACAGUUAUAUUUCUUUAUUAGACGAGGUAAACAUCACUGGAAAUUUAAAUUUAACAAUGAUGGCAUCCAUAUCUUUAUCCUAUAUAGACAAAUGUGAAGCCUUCUACCAUAGUAAGAGUGUAUUUUAUGCCGAAUGUAUUGAAAGACCAAAAAUUAUUAUCGAAAACCGGUUUGAAAGAUUUAAAAAAUAUAUUACUGAUUACAUAGAAACAAAGGAAUUUAUAGAAAGUAAUCUGAACAAUCUGAGAGAUUCCAUUCAAAAUAUAUCGAUGUUCGAGGUCAUUCAUAUUAAUAUAUUUAUGAAUAAGUUAACCCAGUAUUUGAAAGUCGAUUCGCGUAUCAAGAAAAACACGUUAGCUAAUACAGUUUUAUCGGAUUAUCUAUUAAGCCAGUUUUCACGAUGUGAGGCGAUAUUCCAGGAAAUCCGAAACAGAGGUCAGAAUAUUUAUGAUGGCUGGACUGUUCUGGUGACACGUUCUACAGACAUAUGGACAGAUAUAAUUAAUGAUCCAGACAUGAUUCCUUAUUACCAUCGAAGAAAUUACAGAUCAUUCCUGGUCAAUCUGACAGACUUUAGUAGUGAUAUCUACACACAAAUAUCAGAAACAAGAAAUCAAAAUGAUUUGCGUGCAAUUAUCGGAGAAACUGAUAAAAAAUUGGGACACCAUUUUGAAGCCUUGAAAGAGCACAUGGUUUCGUUUAAAUCGAGUAUAAAGAUUGAUCAGUAUUUUUUAAGAGAAAACUUUUUGCAGCUGGACGUAUUCUAUAGAGAACUCAGCUACGAAGAAAUAGAUCAGCAAGAAGCUUAUGACAUAUUUGGCUUGUUAUGUGAUAUUGGUGGAUCCAUGGGAUUAUUUAUAGGAGCCAGUGUUAUGACAAUGUUUGAACUUGUAGAUUUUGUAAUGAACAUUUCCGCCGAACGGGCCAUUAGAAGUAAAAGAUUCAGGGUCAAUAGAAUGAAAUGA